UCUGCUUAAUCCAAGGUCGGGGUCACAUUUUUGCAUAGAAAAAAUAUUAAAAGGGAAGAGAGAGAAAAAGAGGAGAGAGAGAGGAGAAAGUUCACGCUGUUACGUCAAUGGCGGUUAGGGUUUCCUUUUGAUCCCGCGAAGCUUAAUUCUUUCACUGUAAUUAAUUUCUCUCUCAUUCUCCUUCUUCACAAAAACCCUAAUCUCAAGGCCCCCCGAGGUUGAGUUAUGCGCCUUACCUGCUUUUGAAUUUGAGGAGCUGAGAUGGGCGCGCCAGAGAAAUCACAGGCUAACGCCAAUUCGAUGCAGCGUGUCAAGGUCUAUCGUCUUAAUGAUGACGGGAAAUGGGAUGACCAGGGUACUGGACAUGUUGUUGUUGAUUAUAUAGAGGUUUGUACAUCUUUGGGUUUACAUGUUUUUGAUGAAGACGACAAUGAUCAGAUACUUGUGCACCGCAUCAAUGCUGAAGAUAUUUAUAGGAAACAAGAAGAUACAAUUAUCUCGUGGAGAGAUCCAGAAUAUGGUACAGAUUUGGCACUUAGUUUUCAAGAGACUAGUGGCUGCUCUUACAUAUGGGAUCAUAUUUGCAAUGUGCGGAGGAAUAUACAUUUUAAUACAAUAAAUAGUAAUUGGCUGUUUUCUUUGCAGAUUGUGGUUGACAGUGGCAUUACAGAUCAGUUGCGGCUUACAGAUCUAAUUUUAAGUGAUCAAGAAUUUGUUCGGAAGCUGAUGGAAGUAUUUCGACUAUGUGAAGACUUAGAAAAUAUAGACGGCCUUCACAUGAUUUAUAAAAUAGUCAAAGGGAUCAUUUUACUUAAUAGCACACAGAUUUUUGAGAGGAUUUUUAGUGAUGAAUAUAUAGUGGACAUUAUUGGUGCGCUUGAGUAUGAUCCAGAGCUUCCGUGUGUUCAACAUCACCGUAAAUUCUUAAAGGAGCAUGUAAUUUUUAAGGAGGCCAUACCUAUAAAAGAUCCCUUUGUCUUGUCAAAGAUCCAUCAGACAUAUAGAGUUGGUUUUUUGAAGGAUGUUGUUUUGGCUAGGGUAUUGGAUGAGGCUACUAGUGCAAAUCUCAACUCCAUAAUACAUGCAAAUAAUGCCAUGGUUGUUUCUUUGUUGAAGGAUGACAACACAUUUAUCCAGGAGUUGUUUGCUAGGUUAAAAUUGCCUUCCACCUCUCCUGAAUCGAAGAAAAACUUGGUAUAUUUCCUGCACGAGUUUUGUACCUUAAGCAAGAGCUUACAGAUGGUCCAGCAGCUUCGGCUCUUUAGGGAUCUAAUGAAUGAAGGCGUCUUUGAUGUCAUCACCCAGGUUUUGCAAAGUCAAGAUAAGAAGUUGGUGCUAAUUGGAACAGAUAUCCUGAUUCUCUUCUUGAAUCAAGAUCCUAAUCUUUUGCGAUCCUAUGUUGUUCGGCAGGAAGGAAUAACACUUCUUGGACUUCUGGUUAAGGGAAUGAUAACAGAUUUUGGGGACAACAUGCAUUGCCAAUUUCUUGAGAUCCUUCGCAGUCUAUUGGAUUCGUGUACAUUAUCUGGACCACAGAGGGACACAGUUAUUGAUAUUUUCUUUGAGAAGCAUUUGGGUCAACUGGUUGAAGUUGUUGCAGAAUCUUGUCCUUCAGAAAGUAUGGUUGAUGCAAGCAGCAAGUUAAUAGGCUCUAGAAGAAGAGCUCAAUGUCAGAAUGUGACAAAGCCAGAGAUACUGUCCAAUAUAUGUGAAUUGCUAUGCUUUUGUGUCCUACAUCACCCUUACAGGAUAAAGUGCAAUUUUCUUCUUAACAAUGUGAUUGAAAAAAUUUUGCUACUGACACAGAGAAGAGAAAGAUACUUAGUUGUUGGUGCUGUCCGUUUUGUUCGUACUAUACUUUCCCGCCAUGAUGAGCAUCUUAUAAACUAUUUUGUACGGAACAAUGUUCUCAAACCAAUUAUAGAUGCCUUUGUUGCUAAUGGCAACCGCUACAAUCUGCUCCAUUCUGCUGUUCUGGAACUUCUGGACUAUAUACGGAAGGAGAAUAUGAAAUCAUUGUUGAAAUAUAUAAUUGAUUCUUUCUGGGACAAGUUGGUGAAAUUUGAGAAUUUGGCAUGCAUUCACUCUGUGAGAGUGAAAUAUGAGCAGUCUAUGGAUAAUGGUGGCACAAAAGAUGCUGCUAAUGUGGUCGAUCUGCGAAGAAGAACUGAUGAGCGUGCUCUGGAGGAGGAGGAGGAACAUUACUUUAAUGAGGACAGUGAUGAGGAGGAUACAGCCUCUGCAUCCAUUCCACCUAAUCAGAAAAGGGAACGACAACCUAGUUUAUCUAAUGGAGUUGCUACAAGCUAUUCACAAACAAGUCCAAGGUCCGGUGGACUGGUUGACUAUGAUGAUGAUGAGGAUGAUGAAGAUUACAGGCCACCGCCAAAGAAGCAGAAAGAAGCUUCUGAAGAUGACGGGGAAAUGGAGUUUCUUCGGCUCAAAAGGAAUCUGCCUUCAAAGGACAAGGAAUCAGAACAUGUGAAGAAGCAGAAGUCAUUCAAGAAUACAAAAUCUAAAGAUAGUGUUUUUGCUGCUUUGUGUUCAACCUUAAGCCAAGCUGUGCUACCUGGUAACAAAACUACAAACAACGUUCAUACAGGUGGUGCACCAACUGAGGGUAGAAUGAACUCAAGUGAAGACAAUCAGGGAGAGGGGGCAAAUGUUUCUACAAGUAGCUCUGAAAAUAAUAGCAAGGAAGCAGCUGAAGAUAACCAUGUAGAAAAAGAAACCGCAGCCUCCAGAGGAUUUUCUGAUCGCUUGCAUGGAACGUCAGAUAACAUACAAUUGAGUGGAGAGGAACGUCCAUUGGUUCCGCCAAAAUCGUCGCCAGAGAUGACCGUAAAUGGAUCAUAAGCUUUUAGAAUCAAGCAGGAAAGCAGAUCAUUUGUUCUAUUUGACGUAUAUUGCUGGUGACCGACUGCCAAAGCAAUACCUUUGCCUUCAGGGGGUGAUAAAUUCUGAUUAUGAAUUCCAAUAUUCCAUCGAGGACAUGUGGAGAGAUAUACUGUACAGGCCACUACGGCAGGAAGACAUUAAUACAGCUGCGUGCGAGGAUCUGCUCUUAUCCUUCAGUUUGCUAUUUCAGGCUUUGAGCUUAGUAAUUGUUGCUUUUGUAUAACGUUUCCUCGGAGUAAUAAUCUUAUGUUUCUCUCUCCUUUCCCACCUCCUUCCCCUUUCUUUCUGAUUUUUAUCCCCCUAGCUCCUUUACUUUGAUAGCGCCUUGCGAAGGAUCCAGGAUGCGGGUAAGGGGUGAUCAUGUUAUGAUUUCCUUUGUCAGAGUUAGUUGAACUUCGUGAUAUAGGGCACCAAAUAUAUGCC